UUUUUUCAGAAACACACAGUUCGUAUACACUUAGUUGCAAGUGGUCUGCAAUAUAAUAUAAAAUGCAUUGUUAUAUUUUGUUCGCUUUGAUCGUGGUCGCGUCAGCCUCCUCCGACGUCAUCUAUCAAGGACCAUGCCCAUCAGUGAAACCGCAGCAGAACUUCGAUUUUGCUUCGUACCAAGGAACAUGGUACGAAAUAGCGCGGUAUCCGAACGCAGGUGAAGAGGGUACCAGGGGAAAAUGCACGAUUGCUGAAUACUUCAUCCACGGUUAUGACUCUGGAAGGGUAAAGAACAGUCACGUGGUCGACGGCGUACGAUCAUUCAUUGAAGGUGAUUUGACGCUGGUGGGACCUGCUCGUAUUAGGCUGACUUAUACUUUUGAUGGACGCUCAAAAUACUCUUACCUCACUGUACUGGACACCGACUACGUAAACUACGCUAUUGGUUACAGCUGCAAAUACUUCCCUGACGGUAACAACCAUCAAGUGUUCUCUUGGAUCAAAUCAAGAAACCCAACCAUGGACCCAUACUCAAGGGCAAUAGUUGAAAAUUACUUAAAGAAGUCAACCAUCCUUGAUGCCAACAAAUACAUCGCAAACGACUUUUCAUCAGCUGCUUGCCAAACAUAUAUUUUCAGGACUAUCACUGAAUUCCUUAAGGAUUAAUUAUUAUAUGUUACCUUAAAUGGAACAUUACUUAACAUAUUUUAAAUCUUA